UUAAAAUAGUAAGUUAUUAAUGGCACACAAAAGACUAUAGAACGUACAUAUGUUCCAUCCCCUAUAAAUACAUCAUUCACAAAUAAUCAAAUUACACCAUCUCAUCAAUUCCAAUUUCAAAAAAUAUAAAUCUCUUCUUAAGUUUGUAGUCCGCCCUACCUCAUGGACUUCGACUUCUCCUUUAUUCUGUUCCUUACUUCCACUUUCGUGUUCGUAUUCAUAUUCAUAUUCAUAUUCGCGCUUUUCAAAACAACUAAAUAUUCUAAUAAGAAUCUUCCGCCGGGCCCCCGCAAGUUGCCUUUUAUAGGCAACUUGCAUCUCCUCUCCGGCUCGGCCCCGCCCCACCACGUCCUAGCUAACCUAGCCACCAAACACGGACCCUUAAUGCACCUAAAACUCGGCGAAAUCUCCGCCCUAGUAGUCUCCACACCUGAAACCGCCGAACACUUCCUAAAAGCAAACGACGCCGUCUUCUCCUCCCGGCCGUCCCUCCUCGCCCCGGAGAUCAACUGCUACGGAAACACCGACAUCGCCUUCGCCCCAUACGGCGACUACUGGCGACAGCUGCGCAAGAUCUGCUCGCUGCAGCUCUUCACCGCGAAGCGCGUGGGGUCGUUCCGGCCGAUCCGAAAGGAGGAAGUGUCGAAUCUCUGCAAAUCGGUGGCUAUGCGCGCCGGAGAAGCGAUCAAUUUGACGGAAAAGGUCGCCGCCGCGAAUUUGAACAUCAUGGUUAAGGCUGCGUUUGGGAAGAAGAGCGAUGGGGAAGUUUUUGAAUUGAAUUCGAUCAUCAAAGAGGCUCAGGAGUUUGUGACUUGCUUCAAUGUUGUUGAUGUUUAUCCGUCGUGGAGAUUGCUGAGGGUUUUCAGCGGGAUGAGGAGGAAGAUUGAGAGGCAUCAUGAGCUAUUGGAUAAGAUAUUGGAGAGCAUUAUUAAAGAGAGGAGAAAUGCCAGGGGAAAUGAUGAAGGUGACGGUGAUGGUGAUGGUAAUCUUCUUGAUGUUCUUCUUAGGUUACAAGGCGAUGGAUCGCUCCAAAUUCCGUUGACAACUGACAAUAUCAAGUCUGUUUUAAUGGAUGGCGCUGGAGUUGAGUCAUCAACCACAGCUACAGACUGGGCAAUGGCAGAGAUGCUCAAGAACCCUAGGGUUCUCAAGAAGGCGCAAGACGAGGUGAGAAGUGUCUUCGAUGGCAAAAACCAAGUAGACGAAAGCCACUUUCAUGAGCUAAAAUACCUCAAACUAGUCAUCAAAGAGACUCUCCGGUUGCACCCACCCGUCCCUCUCUUGCUUCCCCGAGAAAGCAGAGAGCACUGCGUGAUCGACAGAUACCAAAUUCCGGCUAAAACAUGGGUACUAGUUAAUGCUUGGGCGAUCGGAAGAGACCCCAACCAAUGGGAGGAUCCAGAGAGCUUUAAACCGGAGAGGUUUCUUGAAAAACAAAUCGAUUUCAAGGCGAAUAAUACGUUCCAAUACAUUCCUUUUGGUGGUGGAAGGAGGAUUUGCCCUGCAAUAGGGUUUGGGAUUGCGAAUAUAGAGAUUCAAAUGGCGAUGCUUCUCUACCAUUUUGAUUGGAUUCUGCCUCAUGGGAUUAAACCAAAAGAUUUGGAUAUGAAGGAGUCAUCUGGUUUGUCGGGGAAGAGGAAAUGUGAUCUUACUUUGAUUCCUGUUGUUAAGAGGCCUUUGUUGCAGUAGUUAACAAUAUUUAUUGUUUGAUCAUAUGGUUUAUAAUAAUGUAUUAUUGUGUAUUAAGCAAACCCUACUGGAUUAACACUACA